AUCUUCUUGCUUAUCAAGGAUCUUUCAAUGUCUGUUUUGGAAAAAAUAUUCAAAGUCCGCUUUCAUUGCUCUUUGUAAAAACAAUAAGUUUCAAAGAUUUGUGUAUGACUCUGCAAGAAAAUAAUUUCAUUUUAUCUCUGCCUUAAAUGGGUGACACCUUAUUUUUAAACAAUGACUGUGAUUACCACAGGAGAGAAACAUUAAGGCUUCUUAAGACAUUAUCUAUUUCAGUCAUGUUUUUUUUUCCCUGUUCUAAAUUGCAGUGUAAGCCUAGCCUAUCCAAUCUUGUAGGACAACCUGCCCAAACUGGAUAUUAGUCUAGUAAACCUUCUCUGUAUUCACCAAUUCCCCACAUAACUGAAGUUAGUUUUGUGUUCGAUCCUCCUCACAAUAAUGGCAUUCUGUUAAAUUUUCCAAGACACUUGCUAUACCUGCAUGCUAGCCUUUUGUAAAUCCUGCACUAGGACACCCAGAUCCCUCUGCAUUUCAAGAGCUUUGCAGUGUUUAACUAUUUAAAUUAUAUACCUUUACAAAUUUUUCUUGACAAAAUGGACAAUUUCACAUUUUCAGAAUGAAGUAUUUUUUACUGAAAUCAUAUAGAUCCUCAUGAGAUUGCAACGAGAGUAUUGCCUACUUAAUGAAAGUAUACCUAUAACAGGGGGAGUGCAACAAAGGUUCAUCAGAUUGAUUCCUGGGAUGACAGGUUCCUAUUGUGAGGAGAGCUUAACUAGAUGAGGCUUUUACUUGCUUUUAAUUCAUAAGAAUGAAACAUUCACAUUCUUAUAGGCCUUGAUGGUGCAGAAUUGAUAUGGCCCCUGGCUAGGAUGUCACAGUCUCAAAAUAAGAGUUCAGGCAUUUAGAUCUGAGAUGACAAGCAAUUUAUUCAUCCAUAUUUUUGCCAUUCUGUACCUAGAGGGCUGCAAAGCAUACUCAGGAUAGAUGAAAGAUUGAUUUGUUUUUUUAGAUGCUAAGGGAUAUGGAGUUCAUGCAGGAUAGUAAUGCCAAGGUAACAGAUUAGCCAUGAUGUUAAUGAAUUAUGGAGCAAGUGUAAUGGUCCAAAUGGCAUGUACCUGCUUCUAUUUUGAAUGUUUCUUAUGCCAGAUCUAAAAUAGCCCAUUCCCUGAAUGUACUGAUUGAGAAGAUUAUAUUGGAUGCAUCCAUGAACCUAUCCUCCUCAUCAGUACUAGUAUGUUGGUUUGCCCAAUGCAUGUGCGGAUUAAAGUUUUACAUGACUUAAGCACUACCCUUGUUAUGUGAGCAUCUAAAUUUCCUUAUUUGUAUCAUGCUCUGCCUUUUUUAGGGCUAUAGGCAACUAUCAAAACGUCUUGCCCCUUGUGUUUCUCAGGUUCAUCCAACCUGGUUCUACUAUUUAAAUUUCAGACCUAAAAUUCUUUUUCUCUGAAUUCUGACCUUAUUGACCCCAUGCCAAAUUACAUGUGACUUGGGUAUUAAACAAGAAUUGUUCGUGGCACUGAAUAUCAGCAGAGUAAAGCUACCUUCUGCACCCCCAUACAUACCAUCAGCCUUUUCAAAAUAAAACUUUUUGGUCAUGUUAUUUUAUGAAGCAGUGUGAUUUUUUUUUAUUUUAAAAUAUCUUAUUUACAAAAAUCAACCCCCAAUCCCCCACCCCCACAUAGUACCAUCUACAAGGUGAUGCAUCAUGUCUGUAGUUAUCUGGAGAACUACUGAUGCCACAUUUUAUUCAUCAUACUAGUUUGGAAUCCUCUGAGAAAGUCAGCAAUUUUGUUAAUAGCCCAGAUUCAAUCAUAUUAAUUGGAACAUUCUGGGUGUCUAUAGUUAAUUGGAGGGAGGAAGCUAUAUAUUUGGUACUGAGAAUGUUUUAAUUACUUUGACUUUUCAGCUAUAUGGGUUUAUUCAGUUGUCUGGCUGAGCAGCUGGGAUUUCAUGUGAAUUUCUUAUUUAAUAUCAAAUGUGUCCACUAUUUUGACAAAUGAUAUACCAAAAAAUCAAAGCAAUGCUCAAAGGUUAAUACUUCUUGAUCAUUAUUGCAAAUAUUGGAUCCUAUUCUCAAUUUUGUCUCUUCUAAAAGUGCAGACUCUUCCUGGGGUAAACUUCCGAUUGUCUCAUCUUUCCCAGUCGAUGGGUUUCCUUGUACGUGAACCAAGAUGAGUAAUUAUUGAUGUUUUAAUGUACAGUUGCUGAGAAACAAUAAUAGUCUGUGAAGAUGCCGGAUAAAGAUAAUUUAUUUAACAGUGGUAAUGACGAGGCUGGCCACAGCUCAGAUGAUAUUUGCCGUGACUUCCUGCGCAAUGUCUGCAAACGUGGCAAGCGCUGCAAGUUCUACCACCCUGACAUUAAUGAGGUGUCCGACUUGGGCGUUAAAAAAAAUGAGUUUGUCUUUUGCCAUGAUUAUCAGAACAAGGAGUGCACUCGCAUCAACUGCAAGUUUAUUCAUGGGACAAAGGAAGAUGAGGAGCAUUACAAAAAAUCAGGAGAGCUUCCCCCACGUCUGCGCCUUACAGUAGCCAUGGGUCUUGGCCUUUCACCCUCUGACCUUUCCUUUAAAAAAGGCGAGGUUCCAAUCUGCCGAGAUUACCUGAAAGGGGACUGUCAAAGAGGAUCUAAGUGUAAAUUUCGGCACUUAAAACGUGAUGAAUAUGAGUAUGAAAACAGAACUUUAGAGAGAUUGGCACGAGACCAAGUGCUUUCUCCUGUAGUGCGGCGAUAUGACCCAUUUGAUGACCUUUAUGACUCUGAUCGCUAUAAUGAUUAUGACCAUAUACUAAAGAGGAGAAGAGUGGAUGGCUUACGAUUUGAAAGUUAUGAUUUUAGUAUCUCAAAUUUACGUCCAGUGGACUAUAGAUUUCUAGAAGAGGAGAAUCUAAUGCUUCGAAAACGUGUUGAGGAACUUAAAAAACAGAUCUCAAAUUUGAUGGCAACUAAUGAGGUACUUUUGGAGCAAAAUGCACAUUUCCGCAACCAAACUAAGGUGGUGACGCUGACUUCCACUCCCACAGCAACAGAGCAAAUACUGGCAGCACCAACUGUGGCCACACUGACCAAUUACAACCAUGGUGUAGCACAGACUCAUACUACUUUAAGCAGCCAAGCACUUCAACCACGACCUGUCACGCAACAAGAUCUAGUAGCAACUGCUGCAGCUUCUGCUGCAGCACCUACCAAUGCUGCACCAACAGCACAGCAUCUUAAUCCUGAAAUUGCUUCUCUACCUGCGGCACUUGCCCAGACCAUUGCUCAGGGAAUGGCACCUCCAGUUUCCAUGGCUCCGGUGGCUGUCUCUGUUGCACCAGUGGCAGUGUCAAUUGCACAAGCUCUCCCAGGAAUUACCAUAAGCCAUGCCACCACUCCAAUGGUUACUUAUCCAAUUGCUUCACAGAGUAUGAGAAUUACAGCAAUUCCUCACUGAGAAGCCUUGAUCAAAGAAACACAUAAAGGUUUUAGAAGAGAUUCUGUUCCCAUGUUGCUUUCCAUGAUGUGUGUUAUAUAGAUAUGCACGCCAAAGCCAAAUAGUUUAUGACCCAUAAUUUAUUUUUAUGUCAAUGAAAUAUUCUUCUUCAAUUCAUUGUAUAUUCUGAACACUUGCUUUACUCAUAAUUUGUGCUCACCUCAUCAACUCUUGUAAAUCCAUUGUCAAACUUUACUUAAAAUGUGUGCAAAUGACACAAAAGUUUUUUUUCUAUAAAGGUUUUUGUGUUAGAACAAACAAAUCACCGGGCUGCGAUGCUGCGCAAAUAUUCCGAUCUACUUCUAUCCUUUGUCGCCCAUGCUUGACUAUUUGCUUUCUUGACGCAAAACUGAAAUUUAGUGGCAGAUGAAAUUGUAAAUUUUUCUGGCAGUAAUGAGCAAAAAAGAAGUAUUGGAAAACUUUUUUUGUGGCUGUUGUUGGCGCUGAAUGACUGCUGAAUUUCCCAUAUAGUGGCAAUUGCACUUCAGAGAGUAAUUCUCAGUGUGAAACAUUUUUGGGGCAUCUUGAAGAUGAGGUGGCGCUCGCUUAAAUACAAAUACUUUUUUAAACUUUCUGAACCAUCAGAUUUUACAGUUUAAUCUUCACAAUAUGAGAAAAAUGCAUUGCAUUACCAAAGUGUCUAACUAAUUUUGAAGCCAUUAGAAUGACUGAACCUAAAGUGUACUUUCAGGUUUGUUAUUCUUGUUGCACUGGAUGCCCAAGGUAUGGACAAAAAAAUCAAUAAGAUUAAACUCUUACCUUUUUGCCAGCUGCAAGAACAAUGUGAGCUAAAAGAACUUGAAUUGCUUUUUCUGCUGGACACCAGUGCCCUAAACAAAAAUGUCUUUGAUUUGGCAUUUGACUUGAACUAGUUUAUUGAAAGAAAUGGGAAGUGGAUAGGGAACACACGUAUUCAGGAAGGAUGUCAUGAGGUCAAGUAUUGUAGAUAGAUACUGACUCUGCAUCUAGCCUGCAGCUGUUGUUGCUCUGGCUUCUCUUGAGCUGUGCAUUCACCAAAACUGCAGCAAAGCACAUUUCUUAAUGUUGACUGGUGAUAAUAAAUGAGGAUGGAACUGGAUAAAGAUAGUUGAGUAAAGUGGAUGAAAAACAAGUGUCAAAAAUAGUUCCUCUGCAUACAGCUUGGGUCAGCAAUACAAAUCUUUUUCAAAUCCUUGUGUGAAAAUGCAUAUUCUAUUUAAUCCAAAUAUUAUAAUUUGUAUGGAAGUUCAAAUUCUUUGAUAAAUUGUGUAGAGCUGAUAAUUUACAGUACACCGUAAGGUAGCUAUAAAGACAGUCUUAUCUGGGGCCAGAAUGGAAGUGUUUGCACACUGUCUUUUAAGUUUGCUGGGCCGAACUGUUGCAGGUAGGGCACGUGCACAUUCAUGUUGAAAAUAUCUUUUCUCCCUUUCAAGCUUGUGUCCAUCUCCAUUGGGAGCAGGACAUUCCUUUCCUGGCUAGUUGACUUCGAACCAGAUAAUACCCUUAAAGACAUUUUGAACAAGUGUAUCUUUUCUCUUAAACUUUGCAACUUGAAAAUCUACAGAUUAUUGUAAAAUCUAUUGGGAUUUUGUAUUCAAUGUUCUGACCACAUGAUUAAUUUUCCUUAAAUUUGCCAAAAUGAUCUAGUUAACAGUGUGAAUGGCUUUUGUUCAUUCACUGUUAAAACUUAAACUGAUGUCACUGUAGUAAUUCAAUUUCAUUGGACCAGGUGCUCAAUUUUAAAGGAGUCGCUGUGACAUUUUACCCAAACAUUGUUUAAUCAGCUAGUUAUUGGGGGCACUUACCCUCAAUUGUUGCUUUUCUGUUAACCUUAUCUUCAACUUGUAUAUAGUAGCUGUGUAGUCUUUUCAGGUAUGCACAUGAUGCUUGUUAGGUUCUUGUGUGGUUGAGAAAUUAGAACCAAUAAUCUAAUCUUGCACAGUUGAAAGAAACUUAAAUGUUCAAAUUCAUUUGCAAUGUUCCCAUUGUUAUUCUACUAGUUAUUUGUAAUAGCUCUUCAGCUGCUUUGCUAUAAUUUUUAUUAAGCCAGUUAGGGUGGGAAAGGAAUGUACAUUUCUCUGUACAGCAUUCCCCCACAGCUUCUUAUGUUACCAUUAUAAACAUCCAGGAUUCCCUUGACUGAAAUUAACACAUACAAUAUUGUUGGUAUGCUUGUAAAACAUUCAAGAGCCAUUCAAAACUAAGAGCCUUUUCCAGUUUGUUAAGAGCUAUAAGGACAACAGUAUAGUAAACUAAGUAAAUACCUUGAAUCAUGGUGAUAGCACCAAUUAAAAUGGUGCAAAUGCUAGAUGUUGGAUUCUUUUCAAGGAAUUUUCAAACUAGUCUGUGGAUUCAGUUAACGUAGGUGAGUGAUUAAAAGCAUUAUUUAAUGUGUCACAGAAUCCUGGUGAAUGUAAUGUUUGAAUAUGACAUAUUUGCAUAAAUGGGAAUCUCUUUACCACAGGAAAAAUUCAAAAUUUAAGAUCAUUUUCUUAUAUUAAGUUUUCUUAUGCAUCAUAUUUAUAAAAAUGAUUGAUGUGUCUUUCUGAAAUUAUGUCAAAAAUUAAUUAUUUUCUUUUAAUAUCUGUUUAUGAUAAAAAAUUGAGCUAUCAUUUUAUAAAAUAAUCUUUGGCUUCAAUAUUGGUAAUUCUUGUCCUUCACAUUUGUUGGGAAGGUAUCAAUAACUUUUGUAUAAUUAUUGAAAUUUUCCUUUGCAUGAAGUUCACCAAUAAUUUGGCAAUGGAUGAUGCACUGAACAAAAAUGUGAAUUACCCCUUAAAAUCAGUGUUGCCAAGUAAGCUAAUUUUCUGCUGUUGUGUAUAAAGUGAGAGAAUUCUUUUGCUAAAUGGUCAUUAUGAACCAAUAGUGUUUUGUUAUGCUUACAAACAUUAAGGUGUCAUUUCAAUGAGACAUAAACCUCUCUGGAAUAUAAAGACCAAAAACACAACACAAAUAAUGUAAUUUGUGUGAAAUUUUCAAAUUAAUUUCAUGCUUUUUCAUGUGCUUUGUUUUACAAAUUUCAAUGAAAGAUGUGACAUACUGCAACCUUGGUGAACUAUGCUAUAACAUUGGCACCUGUAAUCCUUUAUCCAAUAAAUUGAUCUUAAAAGACCUCCUCACUAGUGUGAUUCUCAUGGUUAAAAAAGUAUUGGGAUGGUCUGUGCAUAACCCAUUCACCUGCUUGAUCAGUAACCUGGGUCUCCAUUCACCACCUGCAUUCCCCUGCUACAGAUGCUGUUCAACAUGCUGAGUUCCUCCUUGCAGAUCAUUUGUUGCUUCAGUUUCCAGCAUCUGCAGUCUCUUGUCACCCCACUUUUUUUACUCUUUCAGGCUGAACUCUUUCACACUUUCCCCCAAAUAACAGGAGUAACCAGGAGAACCCACUUGUGUUUUCACUGUGUCAGAUUUUGUUUUAUUACCCAUUAAAUACUUCUCCAGUGGUGGUCUGGAGAUGUACUGUAUCUCCAGGAUUUUUUUCUAUUUCUGUCUAUGCUGGAGAAAUUCAUAAGUCGAUUUAUUUACCUUUACAUCUUGCUUACAUUUUUUGACACAAUCUAUCCUUGACACUUAUGUUCUCUGUCUAAAUGUCUUUAUCUCAAAUCUGGCUAAUAGUGUGAUAGUGCGGCUAAUAAUGGCCAUUGAUUAUUAUGAGCCCAGUGACUCUCAUAGCUGCUUCAAUUAUACAAUCCACUGAGUCUUUUGUAUCCACCUAGUUGAUGCCACCCUUACGUACCAAAGCUUCUGAAGUGUCCUCCAGUUUUCUCAGCAGUGAUUGCAUUCUCUUGUUAUAUACUGAAUACUUAAAACCAAAUCCAUCCUAUUUCCUGUACUUAUCCACUUAGCUAUCUCAGAACUAUUACUGUUUGUCUUGCAUCCCACCGCUAUUUGACAGACCAGUCUUUACCACAUCCAGCAUUAUUUCACAUUCCAAAGGAACGAUUUCCAUUAGGCCUCUAAACCACAGUGCUAACAUCCCUGGAAUUCAACUGUAAGAAAUUUGAAAUCUGAUUUACAGCUCAGGAUUGCAAAUAUAUUUUCAAGGGAGAUGAUGGCAUGAACAUUGACUUCUCUAACUUCGGUAAUGCCCCUUCUUACCCCAUCCCUGAUAUAUUUAGUUUUUUCCCCCCUCUUUUUUUCUUUCUCUCUCUGCCCAUCACUCUGCCUGUUCUCCAUCUCCCUCUGGUGCUCCCCUCCCUCUUUCUUUCUCCCUGGGCCUCCUGUCCCAUGAUCCUUUCCUUUCUCCAGCUCUGUAUCCCUUUUGCCAAUCACCUUUCCGGCUCUCAGCUUCACCCCACCCCCUCCGGUCUUCUAUCAUUUUGCAUUUUCCCCUCCCCCUCCUAC